AUGGAGGUGAAUCGGAAGGGAGGAGUGGCCCUGGAACUUGGAAUGGAGGCCAAGUUGAAUAAGGGAAGGAAAAAUAAUGUUCGUGGUGCCCGAGCAUCGCAUGUUCUGGCCUGCCAUUGUUUGGAUCAUAGCCCUCUCUUGGUGUCGUAUGCUAGAACAGAGGAUGUAACUUGGAGGAAGUGUAAAAAUUUUCGGUUUGAAUCCAGUUGGACCCGACACAAGGAGCAAGCUGAUAUAGUGAAGAAAGUCUGGUGUGUUAAACAUCAUGGGCCAAAUCCGUGGUCCUUGUUUCAUGAGAAGCUUCAUGGCUACCAGAAAUCUUUGAAGCAAUGGUCAGAUGAUACAAAUCCUGCUCAAGAGGCUGAGGCUGCAACUAAGGCUGAUUUGGAUGCCUUUUUGGAGGAGGAGGACAUUAUUUGGCGUCAAAGGGCUAAAGAAGAUUGGUUGAAGUUUAGUGACAGGAACACUAAAUAUUUCCAUGCAUGUGAUAGUCAAAGACAGGAGGCGUAA